UCGCUGCGCCGAGUGCUCAGAUUGCUUUUCGCUCUCGCGGGCUUCACAUCGCGAUCCCAAUCGGCGGUUUUUCAAACGACGCGUGCUUGUGUGCGUGCCACUUGAUACGAAACGCUUUUAGACUCGAGAAAACAAAAGUGCAGGCUCUCUAAAUUGAUGACGAAAUUUCGUGUACCGCCUGCAUUUAAUUUAUACAUAUAAAUUUUCGGCCUUAAUUCUGUGCUUCCUGUGAAUUAACGAGGAAACUAAAGAGUGCGCGAGCGAGAGAGCCGAUCAAAUCAACAAGUGGAACCCGAGAAACUUUCUUCGCAAAAGCCGGCUGAUCACAAAAACCAAGAAGAGGAGGAAAAGAGAGCGAUUCUCUUGGACUUUUUUAUACGCCUCUGGAGUUUCUUCACUGUUCGUCGACAUGGCUCCUAACGUUUGGGUGACUGAGUUUUCCGUGGCGGCUGUUGAUCAGGAAAGCCGCCUGGAUGCGUUUCUGCUUUGAUCGGCUGUGCUUCGCAACCAAGCGGCCAGCCCAAAACUCCAAUAGCAAUGCACCCCACUGCACCACAGUAGAUGCACCACCAGGAGCAGCGGAUGUAGAUGUAGCCACUGCCUCAGAAACCACAGCACCACAACAGCAGCCAGCAGUUAGUAAUCUGUUCUAUGCCGACUACCAGAAGCUGCAGCCGGCGAUAAUCGAUCGGGACUGGGAGCGGGACAGAGAUACAGAUACGAGGAGCGAGGCCAAGCCACCGGACAUUAUAGAGCACAUAGAACCCGUAGAGCAGCACAAACAGAUAGAGAUACCUCCUCCUCCUCAGAUACAGAUACAACAACCACAGACACAGCGCUAUCGCCGGCAUAGCAGUGCCGAAGAUCGAAAUCUGAACACGAGGCGAACCGAUUCGAAUACUACGGAGGCGAUACGAAAAUCAGCCAGUAUGCAGCAGGAGCCGAACGCCAACUAUCAGUUCCCAACCGACUUGGGUCUGGUGAGCAUCGUCAAUAAUAAUAAUAACACAAACACCCACCCGAGUGGAUCUAGCAAUACCAACAAUAAUAACAAUAAUAACAAUCUGGUGGGUGGCAUUGUGACCUUGCCGGCGGCUGGUGGUCUCAUAGGUCUGGAGCAUACGGCAUCGGGUUUGCGGCUGAUACCAGCACCACCAACCCACUCCGAAGUGCUGACGCACACGCUGAUCUACGGAACACCACCUUCGGGGGCACAGCAACUGCAUCAGGAUCCCAGGAGCCUGUUGCACCAACAGGAGCUGCAAUUGCAGCAGCGCUAUCAGCAAUUGCAGCAGCUUCAGGCCCAGACUCAGGGUCUAUAUACCAGCCAAGGAAGCCCUGUUUUGUAUCAUCAGCCCAGUCCCGGAUCAAGUCAACCGGUGGCCAUUCCCGGAGCCAAUUGUCAUUCGCCCACGCAACUGCAGCCGCCCACCACGUUGAACCUCCAGCAGCAGAUGCAGAGUCUGAGGAUCUCGGGAUGCACGCCCAGCGGUUCGGGUGGAUCGGCCACGCCCUCGCCGGUGGGUAUGGUGGAUCCCAACUUCAUAGUAAGCAACUAUGUGGCUGCAUCGCCGCAAGAGGAGCGCUUUAUCCAGAUCAUUCAGGCCAAGGAGCUGAAGAUACAGGAAAUGCAAAGAGCCCUGCAGUUUAAAGACAACGAGAUAGCAGAGCUCAAAUCGCACUUGGACAAAUUCCAAAGUGUCUUCCCCUUCAGCCGAAGCAGUGCGGCGGGAUGUGCGGGAACUGGAUCGGGAUCGGGAUCUGGAGCGGGCGGAAGUGGUGGGGCAAGUGGGCCCAGCACAGCCACAGGUGCCACUCGCAAAUCGGGACAGAACUUCCAGAGGCAGAGGGCCCUGGGUAUCUCCGCGGAGCCUCAGAGCGAGUCCUCACUGUUCCUCGAGCACGUCAGCUUUCCCAAAUACGACAAGGAUGAGCGCUCCCGGGAACUUAUCAAGUCUGCCAUUUUGGAUAAUGAUUUCAUGAAGAACCUGGAUCUGACGCAGAUACGCGAGAUAGUUGACUGCAUGUACCCGGUUAAAUAUCCAGCCAAGAAUCUGAUCAUCAAGGAGGGCGAUGUCGGGAGCAUUGUUUAUGUCAUGGAAGAUGGACGCGUCGAGGUUUCCCGCGAGGGCAAGUACCUCUCGACCCUUUCGGGGGCAAAGGUCCUUGGCGAACUGGCCAUCCUGUACAACUGCCAGAGGACGGCGACCAUCACUGCGAUCACCGAAUGCAACCUGUGGGCCAUCGAGCGCCAGUGCUUCCAGACCAUCAUGAUGCGAACGGGCCUCAUUCGCCAGGCGGAGUACAGCGACUUCCUCAAGAGCGUGCCCAUCUUCAAAGACCUGGCGGAUGACACGCUUAUCAAGAUCUCCGAUGUCUUGGAGGAGACGCACUACCAGCGAGGCGACUACAUUGUGCGCCAAGGAGCCAGAGGCGACACCUUCUUCAUCAUUUCAAAGGGCAAAGUUCGGGUGACGAUCAAACAGCAGGAUACGCAGGAGGAGAAGUUUAUUCGCAUGCUGGGCAAGGGAGAUUUCUUUGGAGAAAAGGCUCUCCAGGGCGAUGAUCUGCGCACGGCGAAUAUUAUUUGCGAAUCCGCUGAUGGCGUCAGUUGUCUGGUCAUCGAUCGCGAGACCUUCAAUCAGCUAAUUUCAAAUCUGGACGAGAUCAAGCAUCGCUACGACGACGAGGGAGCCAUGGAGCGCAGAAAGAUCAAUGAGGAAUUCCGGGACAUCAACCUCACAGAUCUGCGCGUGAUCGCGACCCUAGGAGUUGGCGGCUUUGGCCGUGUGGAGCUGGUCCAGACCAAUGGAGAUAGCUCUAGAUCCUUCGCCCUCAAGCAGAUGAAGAAGUCACAGAUCGUGGAGACGAGACAGCAGCAGCAUAUCAUGUCCGAAAAGGAGAUCAUGGGCGAGGCCAAUUGCCAGUUCAUCGUGAAGCUGUUCAAAACCUUCAAGGACAAAAAGUACCUGUACAUGCUGAUGGAGAGUUGCCUGGGCGGAGAACUCUGGACGAUUCUGCGGGACAAGGGCAACUUUGAUGACAGCACCACCCGCUUCUACACGGCGUGUGUGGUGGAGGCCUUCGAUUACCUGCACUCGCGGAACAUAAUCUAUAGGGACUUGAAGCCGGAGAACCUGCUGCUCAACGAACGGGGAUAUGUAAAGCUGGUGGACUUCGGCUUUGCCAAGAAGCUGCAGACGGGCAGGAAGACCUGGACUUUCUGCGGCACGCCCGAGUAUGUGGCUCCCGAAGUGAUUCUCAACCGGGGUCACGACAUUAGUGCCGAUUACUGGUCGCUGGGAGUGCUCAUGUUUGAGUUGCUAACGGGUACCCCUCCAUUCACUGGCUCGGAUCCUAUGCGUACCUACAAUAUCAUACUUAAGGGCAUCGAUGCCAUCGAGUUCCCCAGGAAUAUCACACGUAAUGCCAGCAAUCUGAUCAAGAAGCUGUGCCGAGACAAUCCCGCCGAGCGUUUGGGCUACCAGCGUGGGGGAAUCAGCGAGAUACAGAAGCACAAAUGGUUCGAUGGCUUUUACUGGUGGGGCCUACAGAACUGCACUCUGGAACCGCCCAUAAAGCCCGCCGUGAAGAGCGUGGUGGAUACGACAAACUUUGAUGACUAUCCCGCCGAUCCGGAGGGUCCACCACCUGACGAUGUCACUGGAUGGGACAAGGACUUCUAGGGGGAGUUAAGGUCCCGCUUCCCAGACGAUGCUCUCUAUACGCUUCUGCUACAGAAAACCAGAGCAGAUGAAAGCAAGGAAGAAGAAACUGAUCUUAAGUGCGCCAUAUGUACGCCAAAGCCAACAGCAACAGUCAGCAGCUCGCAUUGAAAAGCUGCCCCAAAAAACAAAGAAACGUAGCAGUCGCAAGGCCAAGGGCCGACACAAAAGCACACAAU